GUACUUGUCAUUACUGUUGCUCCGAAUCACAAGCCCGUGAACACCGCUGGGCUCGGUGUGGCCGUCCCUUUUCGGACGUGGAAAUUAAUCUGUCAUUAUUUAAAGCGACGGCUCGCACCAUGGAUGCUACCAUUUAUCAGAUCAUAUUUGGGGAGCUCGGGGACUUAAACUGUAGUUUAAUAGAUGCUUUCCAAGACACUUUUUUGGAAAACGCUUCAUUGUCAUUGCUGAGCUUUGAUGGUUUAUAUUGCAAUGCCACUACCGAUGAGAUUGGAACCUGCUGGCCGCGGACCAGCACGGGGAGGAUUGUAGAGAGACCCUGCCCUGAGUACAUUAACGGGGUGAAGUACAACACAACGAGGAGUGCUUACAGGGAAUGCUUGGAUAAUGGGACUUGGGCGUUGAAGAGUAAUUACUCCAAUUGUGAACCCAUUUUGGAGGAGAAGAGAAAAUAUCCAAUGCAUUAUAAAAUAGCGCUGAUCAUCAACUACCUAGGCCACUGUAUCUCUGUGGGAGCUCUAGUCAUGGCCUUCAUUCUCUUCUUGUGCUUAAGGAGUAUACGAUGUCUUCGAAACAUCAUCCACUGGAACUUGAUCACCACCUUCAUACUGAGGAAUGUUAUGUGGUUUUUGCUUCAGUUGAUAGACCACAAUAUCCAUGAGAGCAAUGAGCCUUGGUGUCGGUUAAUUACAACCAUAUACAACUACUUUGUGGUGACAAACUUUUUCUGGAUGUUUGUUGAAGGAUGUUACCUUCACACAGCCAUUGUAAUGACUUAUUCAACUGAUAAGCUCAGAAAGUGGGUCUUCCUUUUCAUCGGCUGGUGUAUUCCAUGUCCUAUAAUAGUAGCCUGGGCCAUAGGAAAGUUGUAUUAUGAAAAUGAACAAUGUUGGUUUGGUAAAGAACCUGGAAAAUAUAUGGACUACAUAUACCAGGGACCAGUUAUUCUUGUGCUCCUGAUAAACUUUGUUUUCCUCUUCAACAUAGUAAGAAUUCUUAUGACCAAACUAAGAGCGUCAACCACAUCUGAAACAAUACAGUACAGAAAAGCAGUGAAAGCAACACUGGUCUUGCUACCUCUGCUGGGCAUCACCUACAUGCUCUUCUUUGUGAAUCCGGGGGAGGAUGACAUCUCACAAAUCGUUUUCAUCUAUUUUAACUCCUUUUUACAGUCUUUUCAGGGGUUCUUUGUGUCAGUGUUUUACUGCUUUCUAAAUGGAGAGGUGCGUUCUGCAGUAAGGAAACGGUGGCACCGAUGGCAGGACAACCACGCCCUUCGAGUGCGAGUGGCACGAGCCAUGUCCAUCCCUACAUCUCCAACCAGGAUCAGCUUUCACAGCAUCAAACAGACCACAGCUGUGUGACCAGCGGGUGGAGCGUAUAAUUUCCAGCACAACAUGUAAGGGAACAGAUUUGACAAUGAAGUGAUUUACAGAACAGACUGAUUCCUCUAACAAGGCCACAAUGUGUCCAGUGUGACUUAAGAGCAAUGCGAUUUCUGUUGUCUGGUGAGAACAAGUAAUAGCAUCUAAAAGUACAUUUUAACUGCACAGGAAGUAUGAUUGGACAUAUAAAGUUCUUGGAGGGUCUAUCUAGUAUAACAUAUUGCACAUGAGGUGCAGGGUUUGAAUUUCUCUGGAGAUUAGAGUAUUAAGAAGACUUAAAAAUGGCAUCAUCAUUAAACUCAUAUCACAACAAGUCUUACAGCCUUCUUAUCGCUGUCAUCUUACUGCUUAGUGGUUAUUAGUGCAAGAUAAUCCAUCAAAUUUUAUAGACAUACUUGGUGGGAUGGUGACAAGGAAUACUUGCAAUUGUUGUUAGAUACAAGAACCAAGAUCCAAAAAAACAACUGUACUUUGGCAUCAACAGCUGCUUUUGACAACUAGCAAAGAGGUUUUUAGGGAAGAAAAGGGUCCACCGGAAUUAAAUAUCAAAACAAUACGGUCAUGAAGUGAACAAUUGGUUUUCACCUCACAAGAUGUGGUGAAACAUUUUGGUCAAUGUGAGAUGGUGAUUUUAUACAAACAAACCAUUCUAACGAAGCCUUUAUUUGUCCUCAGAGAAGUCAGUCUUCUCCUUUAAAUCUGUGUUACUUUUUACAAUGAUUUUUUGUACUGUACUGUACUUGUGUAAACAUUGUUAAAAUAUGUGUUAGAAAGUGAUGCUUCCUCUCUGUACCUAUUUCUUUCGACCGUCAUUUUUCGCUUCCGGUUUGGUGGAUUUUGCUUUUUUUCUCCUCAGAGAAGGAGGGUGUGAACAUACAAAGCAAUUUAAUGUGUUAUAUGUUAUAUCCCUGAGGCCAAAUUUAAGCUCUCUUCCAAAUUAGUAAAGGUGUUUAUACUUCCCUAUACUUCCCUAUAUGUACUGUAUAUAUAGAGAAGUAUAGUUGGGAAAGUGAUUCUAAAUCAUUUAUAUAAUGUAUAUGUAUGUUAAGUGCAUGGACUUAUCAUGCAGGCACAGGGAAAGCAGAUUAAAUUCUUUUAGCUUUAUGAAAUCCUUGUGGCUUUUUAGUAAUCAGUGUUACAAGUAAGCCACUGGCAAGAGACAAAAAGCCUGAUGAAGUGAACACCAAUUGCUUCCAUAAACACUUUACCGGCCUGUAAUGCCAUCUCUUACAUCCGCUCAGGCUGCUCACAUAAUAAUGGGAAGAACAAUAUCUGUAAUGUUAAACUCCCAAAAUGCUUUUGAUUUCUGCAACAACAAAAAAAAGAUGAAGGAAAUAGGAAAUAUUAUUUUUGAGAAGGAUUACGUAGAGUGAAAAAUGUCUGAAUUAUGUUCCAGGAUUAAGUUUUGAUGCAGAUCCCUCCUUUGUAUGUCCCUAAACGCGCUACACAACAUCACAAGAGUAUUUCUGUCUGUCAGGCAAUACAAUUGAAAAUUGUUAGAAUAGUUUGAUAUUUUGGGAAAUAUUCUUAUUUGCUUUUUGCAGAAAGUUAGAAGAGAAGAUUGAUACCACUCUCAUAUCUGUCCAUUAAAUAUGAAGCUACCGCCGGUACGCUUAUAGCUUAACCUUCAGACUGGAAAAAGCUAGCAUGGUUCUGUCCAUACGAGUAGCUGACGGUUUCCUUGACCUGAUGGAGACAAGAAGGAAGUCCCUGCUUCCAGCCAAGAAAUAGUCCUGCACAUAAACAUGUAAAAUGUAGUUUUAACACUUUAUAACACUUUUAGUUGCUGGCAGGUGAUUUUGUGACCUUAGUGUAGAGCCAUGCUAUCUGCUUCUUCUUGUUUCCAAUUUUCAUGCAAAGCAAAAGCUAACAGGUUGCAGGCUGUAGUUUCAUAUAUAACUAUUUAACAGGCCACAUUUAAGAUAGUCAUGACAACGGUACUGAUUUUUUCAUCUAAUUUUCAGCAAGAAAGAAAGUACCCAUAUUUCACAAACUGUUUUAAGAAAACAUAUUUUUAGUUUAUGUAUAUUUUUAAAUGUUUUGGUACUCUUAUGUUUAGGAUUAAAAUCUGCUGGAUCUACUGUGGAGUUGGAUUUAAAAAAGUAAAACAAAAUACAGAAUUUCUUAUUUCAAAUUUGUAUGAGGGUGUUGUAUAGAACAUAAACUCUUUCAUCACUUCUUGUCGUAAAAUGUACAUUUCAUACAUUGAUGUAAUUUGUAUAUUUUGUUAAUUAACAAAAUAAUGUUAAUAAAUAAUAAUGUUUUUUGAUGAUGUGCUGCUCAACUGACAUUAGCUGUUAUAUAAAAUCAUCAAUCAUGCAAAGUGAUAUUGAUGUAAAUACAUAUUUACCUGAGUUUCUGUUUCCAGCAUCACAACCUGUGCAGCUGUAACACUGCACACCCUUCCAUGACUUCCUCAUGUUAUAUAAACAUAAAAAGAACAUUACUUAAUAGUUGUGAAAUAUUUUCAUACAGAAAUAAGAAAACAAAUCAUUUAUUCAAACUCACCAAAGAGACAACCCAUGUUUACCAGCAUCCAGAUGUUUUAAUGUCUACAUAUUUCUAUUGUUGCCACUGCACUUUGUAGACCAAAUCUUGUUGACUUUAUUUUGUACGACAUUGAUUUUACAUGAUGAAAUGUAUUCAAUGCAAUGUGAUGUCAUAUUUGUUAACUUAUUACUAUACAUGAAUAUGUUUGACCAACUGAUUUUGUGGAAAACUAUUUGUUGAAUCACCCAUGUUGCCUUACAAACAAAAGAAAAUGCAUUUUCUGAAAAGGAAGCAAAUGUCUCUGUAAUUGAUGUAUCAUUGUGCCACUGAUAUACAUUUGUACAUGCACAUGUGAAAAAAAAAUACUGAUUUGAAUUAAAAUGAUACUCUUA